GUCACAGGAAGGACCAGCCCGCACACGACCUCUUUUCGAGACGAGCCAUUAACGCAGCCUCCGGCCUUCACAGUCACAUUGCCUAUAACCUGCACGUACGUGCGCCGGCAUCUGCACUCCUCCCCACCACCAUGCCCGCUUGCAACGUCCUCAGUCGCCGCAGCGAUGGCAGCGACGGCCUCAGCUCGAACACCAUCCAAAUCGCCGGAAUCGCUGUCGCAGCCGGCAUCGCUGCUAUUGCUGCGAUUUCCUUUGCCAUCUACUUCUGGAGGAAACGACGCGCCGUGAGGAGGGACCGCGAUGCAUGGGAGAGCCGUAUCUCUAUCUUCCCGGCCAUUCGCGUUGAGACUUCGCAAAUGGCAGGUGAAGAGGGAAGUGGUCCACAGAUGAUGCAAGCCAAGGGCAACGGCUUCUCGCGCGCACAACUCACGAAGAGCAUCAUCUUGCCCGAAAAGGCCGUGAUGAAGAACAACGCCUCCAAGGAGGACAUCAUCGACUACUACGCCGCAGAGGGCAAGCUCCCGCGGCCGUUCGCGCCGUUCACGCGGGACUCGGGCGGCAUGCCGGGCGGCGGGCCGCCGUCGCCGAAGGAGUCGCAGCGGAGCUCGCGCAGCUCGCUGCUGCGGCCGGUGUCGACGGCGUCGUUCCUGAGCGUCGCCUCCGCGUACUCGAGCCGCUCGUCGAAGCGGCAGAGCACCGCGUCCGCGAUGUCGGGCUUCGACGAGGGCAACAAGCGCAAGGUGCGCCAGCUGUUCCACCCGACGCUCCCCGACGAGCUCGUGCUCAACCUCGGCGAGCGCGUCAUGAUCGUGAACACGUUCGACGACGGGUGGUGCAUCGUCGGCCGCGACAGCGUGUUCGCGCCUGGCGACGUCGACCUCGGCGCGGUGCCCGCGUGGGUCUUCGUCAAGCCGAUCAAGGGCCUCAGGGCGGAGAGGCCGAUACGGACGUCGAGUCUCGGCGUCACCGUUACGCUCGAUAUGCCCGGCGCGGCGAGGCAGGACGUCAUCUCGUGGUCCAACUUCUCGUGAACGACCCGCCGACGCCUGUAUGCGCGUUGCCUGCGUGUAUAGCCGCCCUGAAAUGUUGUUGCCGCACCAUAUACGUUGUAAACACACCAAGUUACUACUCACCACCGGCGGUUCGCCGAGCCGAACCGUCCACUACCUUCCACCCCCUACUACUCUCCUCCUGGUGCUGAUCACCCAAUACCCCUUCUUCGAUAACCCCUCCGCCCGCAUCCACCCUUCACGGAACCCGCCAAACCCUUACGCUCCUCGCCACGUUCGCCGUAAUUAUCGCGGGCGGCGCAUUGCAUGCGCCGCGCACGUCCCCCGCUUCGAACCACUUCCCGCACAGCGCCGCGGCGCGUCUCCUGU